CGCUGGUGGAGGCGCUCCGCAGCUGCUGCCAGCAUGAACAAGGGCAUCUUGCACACGCUUAGAACGAAAAGAGAACUCAUUCCCCUGGCCGGAAUAUUGUCCUUCGCAGCAGCUGGGGCAUUCUCUUUUUGUGUCUAUUCCCUAUUCAGCAAAUCUGAUGUGAUCAUUCACAAGAUUGGCAGUUCAGAACCAUGGGAAGCUAUUGAUCCUGCCAAGCCUCAGAAGCUGGUAACAAUCAAUCAGCAGUGGCAAUCUAUAAAAGAGCUGGAAGAGGUCAAAAAGCUGACGAAGUGAGAAGUUUCUGUUGCCUCACAAAGGUACCCUAUGAAUCUAGUGGAAUCAUUUCUGCACAAACUUGACUACUGAAAUCAGUGUGCGGAAAUGCUUCUGCUACAUUUUUAGGGUCUCCCUACAUUUUUUUGGCCUCUGGAUGAGGAGUUUGAUGUUGCUUUAGAAGCUGGCAUACAGCAUCCACAUAGUCCAAAAAUCUGAAUCAAAAUACUCAUUUUCAAUAAGCAUUUGAUGUAAAUUUUUGAGUAUUCAGGUGGCAAUUACAGAUCAAAAAAGCCUUCAUAGUUUUUGUAGCAUUUCAGGAUUUGUUUCAAAAUACAUUAGUUUUGCCAUUUUAUUAAUUUUUAAUAAAAUAAAUUCUAAAUUUGUACAUUUAAUGUAAAUUCAAAAUAUUUUCUAAAUUGGGAAUCCUGGUCUUCUUUCAGAGACACCGAACUUUCUGUUCUGUAUUUCAAUGUUGUAUAGAGACCAAAGUCAUAGCCAGAGGAUGUCUUUGUAUGGCAGCAUAUGUGGUCAUACAGUACACUUGCAUUCCUUGUCUGCAUUAGAUGUGGGGACAGAUUAACAAAACUAAUGUUGUGCUGUAAAUACUGAAACUUACCCACUGAGGAGUCCAAUAGGUUAUUUAAGAGUGUAUUUGAGACUGCAGAUUUAGAACCUCAAAACCUAAGGGUUAGGCAUGGCUAGAAGGAAAAUGAAAAUCAGGUAAAUGUAAUUCAUGACUGAAUUUUUUUGAAGUUACUAGAAUUAGAAAUUCUGCAUCAUCCAAAACUACACAAUGUUAAUUUCUUCUUUUUGUGCAAGGUUGUUCAAGUGCAAGCUACAAUGUACUGCACAAUUAACAAUAUUUUGAAAGAUUUCUACAUGCUAUUAGGAAUAUCUCUUCUAUCAAAUAGAAACUAGCUGAUUAAAAUUAGGAAUGAUUCUAUGAAGAGACAGUUCCUCUUUAAGCUUCUGUGUGUUUGAUUAUGGGUUGACCAGGGUAAGAAUGUAAUGGGCAGGGUCCCAGUAAAAUCAUGAGACAAUAAGUGCAUCCAAUGGCAGAGCAGUCCUUUUGUAGAUAUUUUCUGUAUGUGCCCUCUUCCAAGCAGUUUCUCAAUCUGUUCCACAGUUUAUUUUACAAUGGAUUGUCAGAAUUCAUAAUGCUUUCUGUGAGGAAGAAAGCAAAAGUGAAACAACUGCUAAUUGGGAAAAGUCCCCUUAAAUGAGUAAUAGUCAAGUGCUUUAGGUCAUUCUGCUGCAGCAAAGACAAACUUCAUUUAGAAAAGCUGUCUCCUGAAUUCCAAGGUAGCUUGACUUCAGAAGCUGUUUUCUUCAGCUGAGAAAAAAAAUAAUCUAAAUGUUGCAUAAAUAUUUGUUUAUCUAGUAAGGAUGACUCAGCAGCAUUUCUGCUUUAGAGUGAGAGGAGCUACUAGUCUUCAGAAUAAGUCCUUAGCUUAUGUUAAAGGAAUGACAUUACAAGAAGAUUAUCAUAGAACCACAAAAAUACAGAGCUCUGAGGAAUACAAGUUUUAAGUGCUUUAAAACAGAAAAUAUUUUAAAAUCUUUCUCUGUGUUUCCAUAUUUCUAUGGACUGUAGCAAAAACAAAGUGCCAUGCUCCAAGUUGAUGCAUUGAUUGUUCUUCAAUAAGUCACUUUUUUUAGCUGCAAAUACUAUGACCUAAGUAUCUGUCAACAUUAGGAAAAUAAGUGUAAGUAAAUUUUAGUUAAUUUUUGUAUUUAGCCACAUUUCAGUGAUGUUUCUAGUAGCACAUUAAGCAGUGUGACUGCUGUCAGUCACAGGUUGUUGCUUAUUUUAUCAUGUCCUGAAGCAUAACAGCUUUGCU